UAAAUAUUUAUUUUUAGAUAUUAUUGAGCUUUUAAACCAAUUAGUUUUUCAAUUGAACUUUCAAUGUGGGCUCCGUUUAUUAUUUUAUUAUUGUUCGGUGGAGGAUUGUCAUACAGAGUGACUCGUUUUACCAACAUAAAGUGCAAUGUGCUGAAUCCCUCCUAUUGUGCCUUUGAAAAAUGCCAUCUCAAGAUGCUUGGCCGUGGAAUUGUAGGCUUAAAUAUGCGCUUCAAAUUGUUAAAAGGAGUUCUCAAUAAUGCAAAAUCAGUCUUUUUCGCAAAAUUUAAUGGGUAUCGUCCAUUUAUGUUCAACAUGACGUUUGAUUUUUGCAAAUUCAUGCAAAAAUCAAAUACUGAGUUAUCAUUUCAAAAAAUUGUUUUUGAUGCUUUAGCCAAACAAUCGAAUAUAAAUCACACUUGUCCGUUUCUGAAGGAACUUGUGGUUGAUAAUUUUGUAUUUAAGGAAGACAUAUUUAAAUUUUUGCCAUUGCCAGCUGGAGAGUAUCAACUGCAAUUCAUUGCAGGUACCGACAAUAUAUGGAUGAGUACACUCUCUGUAUACGCGUUAUUAGAAUAA